ACGAAACUCCAAAUGACGACGAAAAUGACAUGGACACGCACGAUUUCUCUUAUGAAGAAUACGACGGCGAUGAAAGCACAAGUGAAGUUUGUGAUCUUUCUGUUGGGAGUUCGAUAGGACAAGAAAACGUGUUCAAUGUGAAUGGUGGAUCAUUCUAUCAAACCAGUGGAAAGGGUGUGUAUCCUGCUAACCCUCUGGUCGACGACACAUACAAGUUAAACACUGAUAUUCAGAAUCAGACCAAACCUAGGCGUUCUCGAAAGUCAUCAGACCCUGCGGUUCCUCUGACCUGCUCUGUGUGCGAGAAGGUUUUCUUGAAAAAGCAGGAUCUCAAGUCGCAUAUGAAAGUGCAUUCAGACGCCCGGCCUUUCAAGUGUGACGUUUGUCCCAAGGCGUUUAAUCACAAGUCCACGCUGACUAAUCAUCGCCGUAUCCACACCGGCGAAAAGCCGUACGGAUGUGAGAUUUGUAAGAAAAGUUUCACGUUUCUCAGUAGUCUACAGCGUCACAAACUUCUUCACAUGACGGAGUCAACAUUUAAAUGUUUCGUGUGCGGUGAAUAUAUGGAUGAUAAACAAUCACUGAACAAACACUUAAAAACUCACGUCCAAGGGGGAGAACUGCCUGCCGGGAGAAUCCGAUCGCUGCAGCUACAUAGAAAGACCUAUUGAACCAUUUUUCGUGAUAUCACCUUGAAAUACUAUUAUCUUGAUGCCUAAUUUUGGGGUCAUACGGGGAGUUUGACUAUAUGGGGACUUGUACAAGUCAAUGCUGACUUGUGGACAUAUGUGGGAUAAGUAGGAUUUGUUGGAUGUAGAGCGAUUUGAGUAAGUUCAUGACUUACUAUAUUUAGAAAGAUUACACGAUCUUUAUAUUCAAUCGAGAGAAGCCAAAUGUGCCAUGUCUUCACAAAAUGCUGUUAUGUGCACUGUUGAUUGAGGUCCCAACUCUUUGUUCAUACUCUUUUGACAGAAAGAUGGUGUUUCUUUGUACUAGAUGCACAUGACAUAACUGCGAGGUUUUUAGUUUUAAUAUUGUGGCAAGUUCGAAGAAAAGCACGAUUGCAGACAACGUCCCUACCUCGUUUCAGCGACAUACACGUGUAUAUACCGUUUUCUGUAAACAGCAUCUUCUAUGUUUUAAAAAGAGGCAAGAGUACUUUAAAAAAUGUUUUAAAAAACUUGUAGUUGUGUUCAAUAAUCAUGUAUGUAUAUAUAAUUAAGCGUUUCAGAACUACAGAAGCAAUAGCAUUGACAUAAAUGUGUAGAGGCUAGAUAUACGAUUUUGUCUGAAUAGCAGGGAAUUCAAAUGUCGGACCACUUGUAUGUCAUCUUUGUUUAGUUAUUUCAUUCUCACAGCAAUAUUUUUGAUAUGUUUUUACAGGUAUAACAAAUUCUACAAAGUGUUCAUUUAUGGAAAUAGGAAUAUUUUAUGCUUAUUUAAAGGGAUAUUUCGCGCAAGUUAUAAUUCAUUAAAUGCAAUUUAUAAAAUUUGCACAAAAGCGUCUACCAUGUUCUAUUGGAAAUCAUACGCUUUUAUUUACCAUAUAAUCAAACAUGUGAUAUUGAAAUUGUAGAAAUUCUUUAUAGACCUUAAAAACGUUCAUGUGGCUCUGGUAACGUCAUAACAAGUUUGCGUUCAUUCGGAACCUGUCGUCAUUUUCUUCGCUUUGCAGACAUCGGCGAGGUGUUUCUAUUGUUUUGCUGUGUAUUUGCCGAACGGUAUGAUAAUUUUAUAUUACAUUAUGAAAAAGACAGGAAGUAAUCCUUAUGAAGCAAUGAAAUCCAAGUAGAAAUUACGAAUGAACAAAUUACACACCUGUGUAUUUACCCAAUACUUAAUAAUAUCGAUCAUCCAAUUAGCCUUUAGUUCCGGAUUCAUCAAUGCGCUGCUAUGUCUAUUUGAUCUGUUUAUAUAAUUACACGGAUAUUCCCUCAAAUUUCGUUUUCUUUAACUAGUCACUGGAAAGAUAUUUUGAACGUUACAGCAGUUUUAAAAAUGAUUAGAAAGUGUUCUUAAAAUGUACAGAACAACAGAAUUUUUGCAAAUUGUGUGAACUAUCCCUUUAAAAUUUGUACUUAUAAUUGGAUUGUUUUAAUAUAUUAAUAACUGUUGUGCCAUAUAUACUGUAAGCCAGUUAAUUUCCGUGGCCAUUGUUUUUUGCGGUUUUGUUCUUGGUAGUCUAGUUCGCGGCGACCUAUUUUCGCGACAUUCUUUUAGAAUUUACUUGGAUACUUGUAUUUUACUUGUAUACUUGUAUACCUAUAUCAUGAACAUAUUUGCAGUGAUUACUUUUCGCGAUAGUCCUGACAUGCGAAAACCGCGAAAAUGAAUCGCUCCAAAGAAUUUUCGUUGGUUUACAUUAUUAUAAAAUUGUGUCCAAUGUGUAUCUACAAACUGCAGGUUUACAGUAAGCAUUUAGUGUUCACUUCAUUAUUUUGUUGCAUAAGCAAUUUAUAUUUACAUUGAGAUGUGUUCAAAUUCAGCUGUUGUUUAUAUGUCUUUUUUAUUGUUAAGUAAUGUGUCAAUCAAACCUUUUUCAAUCAAACUUUUUUCUUGUUCAUAUGAAUGAAAGCAAUCGUCACCAUUGUGUUCAAAACAUCUUCAUUGUACUUUUGUCCCUCUAUGUUUUUUGAACUAGAUAUUUUUGUAUUUAUUUUUUUAUAGAUUUCCUGGGAAUCUAUAAUUGUAUGUGGAUAGAUUACAUGAUGCUAUGAAAUUAAAUUAUGUAAUUUGAACGUGUUUACAAUGAUUAGAACUACAAAUGUAUUUAUACAAUAUACAAAUUUAUGUAUUUACUUUGCACUUGGAUUUCUUCCAUUCAUAAAUUUGGAGGAGUUGUGACUUUUUUGUUAAAACGUUUCAAUUUUAAAAUGUAUUACAACACUGAAUUCGUACAUAUAUGAAAAAUGAUAAUGCAUUAAGGUUCAUACAUAUUUACAUGCAAUUUGUGCAUUUUUAAUUAAUUUAUCAGAAACUACACAAAAAGGUUCCAAAAUAGCGCUGUAUAUAAAAAUGAAAGAAAGUUGUGAGGACGGUUGUGUAUAUAUAAUUUUAUUGACAUAGUGGCAAUAUUUACUGAUAAACUGGUUCUUUUUGUGUGUUUUUUUUUCAGUUGCGUAGAGGGCCGUAAAAUUCAGUCGCAAAAUUGAUCGAUACGAAAAAAAAUGACCGGUUUGCAAACCAAACGAAACAUAACUUGUAAGCAGCAAUUAAUAAACACAUUUUUGGGAGAACCACAAAAAUUUGCACCCACAAAAAUAGCCAGUCAUACAGAAAAUGAAUUUGUCAUUAUUUGGUUGUCACUAAACAGUUUUCUCAGUCCCUGGUGGAACUUAAGAGUAAAUGUUUUUAUGUAUAGUUAUAUUUUUAAUGGUCAAAUGAAGCUGAUUCAAUUCUUAUAUGAUCAGAUGUACGUUUGCCGAUUCCUGUAUAACAUGUGUUGUAGAUAUUUGUAUACAAAAUGUGUUCAGAGAGUUAUACAUGAAAACUGUCUCAUUUGAUUGGUACACGUUUUGCACACGAUGUUGAUUCAGUGACGGGUACGUGUUUACCUCUUAAUUUUGUACAAAAUAAAUGUUUUAGCAUAAAA